AUGACUUCUUCACGCGGUGCGGACUUGUCAGGCUCACCAUGCAAACGAAAACGUCCUCGAAAAGACUCUCCAGAAGACUAUCUUAACGAAGACGACACUAGAGACAGCAACGACACAUCCCAGAGCGCGGCCGAUGGUCGACUUGGCUCGAUGGUUGCUGGUCAAAGCACCAAUUUUCGCAACGGAGCUACCCAGGAGGUGCGUUGCAGCAGUCCUCGCGUUGUGUCUCGCCCAAGUAAAUUCCGCUUCGAGGGUUAUUUCAUAUCCAUCGCUGAUGCACUCAUUAGCUACAUCUUCUAUCUUGAGAAUCGAGUAGAACAAUUGGAGAAACUGCUUGUGUCGCAUGGGAUAGCUUUCCCACCUGCAGAUGAUCUGGCCAUGUCUUCUCACAGGGAUACGAAUAUUGACGAGCCAGACCCAUCGUCACCAGGACGGCUUGGAACUCAAGACAAAGUUAACCGCAUUCUCAGCACGGGAAGGAAAUCUUUUACCUCUCCAGACAAUAAAGGCAAUUCGCCUAAAACCAUCAGCCGAGACUCAAUGGGCUCUGCUUUGCUCAACCCUCAGACUGCCGCCACCUUUAUGGCCUUGGCACUUUAUCCUACUCAAACGUUGACUCUUGACAACAGAAAGAUACUCAAAUAUAACAUUGGUGGUCAUCAAGCUUUUGAGGCUACGCGUUGUACGACCACGUCGCUGCCAGACAGGUCCCUCGCACUAAAGUUGGUGAGGGCCUAUUUUCACCGAGCUAAUCCUCAGAUUCCCAUUCUGAAACGGGCGUGCUUCACCAAAAUAUUUGACAAAGCAUAUUCAGGCAAAGGACGGGGCUUAAAGCCUCGGGAGCAGUACCUACUUAACAUGGUAUUCGCCAUCGGAUGUAGCCACGGCUUUAUUCACGAGCAAGACAAGGAUAAGGCCAUAGGCGCUCCAAGUGUCGGGUCAAAUAAGUCUGAGUCUAAUGUUUCCCCAGAGGAGUACUAUUCACGAGCUUGCAGUUAUUUUGACCAAUGCAUCAUGCGAGAGAAGAGCUUGGAAGUCUUACAGGCUAUCCUGCUUCUGGCCAGCUUUUCCCUUCUACGGCCCGUAUCGCCAGGCGCUUGGUACAUUACCGGGAUUGCAAUGCGCAUGGCAGUCGACCUGGGCCUCCACUAUGAUAACGACGACACACCAGACCGUGCUCCCAAUACCACGGAGCAUUCUCAGCUAGACCUUGCCAACAGAGAUGAGCAUGUAGAAACCGAGGAGACUACACAAACUGAGCUUCGCGAAUCAGACAUUUAUGCAACUCGCCGAAAUUGCCAGGAGCAAGCCUCAAACGUCGCAACUCGGCACCAAGUAAUCGAGAAACCUAGUCCAAGAUCAAAAUCCCCUGUCCAGGUAGACUUUGACCCAGAGUCGCAAUGGCUAUGGUUAGAAAGCAUGGAGAAACGAGCACUCGACUGGAAAGCAUCGGCACCAACGUCUCAUGUCACAGGCGUGGUUUUCCCCAAGGCGAUUUUUGAGUUUUAUUACUGGCAGACCAUCAUGCUCUUGUAUCAGCACGAUGCAAAGAUUCCCGCUUUAAUACAACAAGUCAAAUCUGUCUUGUACAGCUUGCAGGUCUCCUCGGCGCCCAUCCCCGAGGCAGAUAAAUUCACACAACGGAGAUAUGUAAAGAUGGCUGAAGCCGCACAAAAGGUGUUGCGAAUGUACCGACAGCGCCACCUCGCCGGCUGCAUAAAGUACACGUACAGUUCUGCUCUUUAUCUCUUUUCCGUCGCCAUUUCUUAUUUACACGCAGUGGCGCAAUCAUCUGCAGUGCGCGCUCGACUUACUGCGGAUGAUGUGGACUUUACCAUUCUAGCAGCAAAGUCUAUUUUUGCGGACAUGGUCGAUACAUGCCCUGAUGCGAAUGUGUGGAUGGAGGCGUUGGAACUCACCGCAAAAGCAACCACUAGAAUAACACGGUUAUACGAUGACCUUGGCCAGCAGUCUCAGCAGACAGACCGGAAAGAGGGCGACAUCACGUUUACAGAGCGUAGCGUGACUUCUGCGGCAUCGGGUUCAUCUCCCAACGCCAAAGGUCGCGGGCCGGAAGACGAAGCACACAUGUUGCAGACUCUGGGAGGAUCCUCUUACUCCAGCCCGCGGGAAAACACAAAAGACUGGGAUUCCGCGGAUGAGACUAGAGCCUUCCGUCUUGGGGGCGCAGACAAUAUUUCGGCUUGGGAAAUGCCAGUGCCUCCAUUCGGCUCCCUUGGGUCAUCGCAGGCGAUGUCUGAGAUUCAGGGCAGAAGGGGUGAUAUUGUCUCUGAUGAUAUUUUCGACCUGGAAACUAUAUGGCAGCUUGACAAUCUUGCUGCAGAGGCUCCGCAUAUCUAUCGAGUAUUGAAUUUUAGUGCAUCAGCUGUUGAAACAGACUAG